AUGAUUUUCACCUCCAGCCAGCCAACCUCCAACAUCCAGUGGCUGUCAAGUCUCGACACUGAGAUUGAGCCCGAGGUCAACUUCCGUAAGUGCUCAAUUAUUGGCACGAUCGGGCCUCACACCAACAAUGUCGACAUGCUGGUCAAGUUGCGCAAAGCUGGCCUGAACAUUGCUCGUCUCAACUUCUCACACGGCACCCACGACUACCACCAGACUGUCAUGGACAACUGUCGUAAGUCUGAGCAGGUCUACGCCGGUCGUCCCCUUGCUAUCGCUCUCGACACCAAGGGCCCUGAGAUCCGCACCGGUGUCACUGUUGACCAAGCUGACUGGCCAUUGGUUGCUGGCCAUGUGCUCACCAUCACUACCGACAAGGCAUAUGAGAACAAAUGUGACGGCAAUAUCUUGUAUGUUGACUACGCCAACAUCACCAAGGUGCUGAGCCCUGGCAAGUUCAUUUACGUCGACGAUGGUGUGUUGCAGCUCGAGGUCGUCGAGAUCCCUAACGAGCAUACCGUGAAGGCCAGAGCUGUCAAUUCUGGCUCCAUUUCCUCUCGCAAGGGUGUCAACCUGCCCAACACCGAUGUCGAUCUGCCCUCUCUGUCUGAGAAGGACAUUUCUGAUAUCAAGUUUGGUGUCAAAAACAAGAUCGACAUGAUCUUUGCUUCGUUCAUCCGCAGUGCCGAUGACAUUCGUGCCAUUCGCAAGGUUCUUGGUGAGGAGGGCAGAGAGAUCCAAAUCAUCUCCAAGAUCGAGAACCAGCAGGGUGUCCGCAACUUUGACGAGAUUCUCAAAGAAACUGACGGUGUCAUGGUUGCUCGUGGUGAUCUUGGUAUUGAGAUCCCUCCUUCUCGUGUCUUUUUGGUCCAGAAGCAGCUUAUCGCCAAGUGCAACCUCGCAGGCAAACCUGUCAUCUGUGCUACCCAGAUGCUCGAGUCCAUGACAUACAACCCCCGUCCCACUCGUGCUGAAGUCAGUGACGUCGGUAAUGCUGUUCUUGACGGUGCCGAUUGCGUCAUGCUUUCCGGCGAGACUGCCAAGGGCAAGUACCCUAUCGAGGCUGUCAACAUCAUGCGUGAAACCUGCUUGAUCGCUGAGCAGUCUAUUGCAUAUCUUGCUCUCCACAAUGAAUUGCGCUCUCUGUCUAGAUGCCCCGCCUCAACCUCUGAGACCGUUGCCAUGUCUGCUGUUUCUGCUGCAUUCGAGCAGCAGGCCCAGGCAAUCUUGGUUCUCUCUAAUACCGGCAACACCGCUCGAUUCUGUGCCAAGUACCGCCCUAUGUGCCCCAUUCUCAUGGUCACCCGUAACGAGGCCGCCUCUCGCUACACACACUUGUACCGUGGUGUGUAUCCAUUUGUUUACCCCAAGCCCCGUCCCACUGACGCUGAGGGUUGGCAAAUCGAUGUCGAGGACCGUAUUCGUUGGGGUAUCCAGGAGGCUGUCAAGCUCAAUGUUCUCAGCCCCGAUGCUACCAUUGUCGCCAUUCAAGGCUGGAAGUCUGGUGCUGGUCACUCCAACACUUUGCGCAUCAUCCAGGCUGAGAACAUUGACCAGAUCUGA